AUGGGGAAGCCGCUCUGUGUCAUUGGAUGCAUCGCAGAGAGCGACCUCUGCCCGUGCAUCAACUGUUUCCCCGCCGUCAUCACCGAUUUCCUCCACAAGUGGGGCAUCCGCGACAAGGAGCUGCAUGCGCAGCUCUUCAGCAAGGUGUACUUGGGGCUUGCGAGCGACGAAGAGAACAGGAAGGCGCAAGAGCUUGGGUACUCGGUCAGUACCUUCGGUGCUUAA